AUUGACAGUCGCCUAUACUGCUACCUUGCUACGGUUUGUUUUUCUAAUCCCAGCAGAUUAGAUGUAACCUAUAUAUACUUUAUUACGUUUAGUUAUUAAAGUGGGCUCAGAAAAAAAAAAAAAGAAAUGAACUCGAGGUUGGGCCCGGGUGCGUCCCUCGCACGACCUGACCUCGGUCCGGCAGCGAUACUGUAGAUUAGAACAUGUUUAUGUAAAACUUGUUAGACCGCUCCAUGCAAUUUCAUAUGUAAACUGAGACAGAGAGCAAUAUAAUAUGUCAUACAUUAUUGUCAUACUGACCAGAUGCUUGCAUACGAUUUUAAACAAAGCCCAAUAAAGAUGUAAUAAAAAGAUUUUGAGACGGUCCCUAUCUGAGCGUGUCUUUGUGGCACGGAUGUUUUUCUUGGCGAAGAGAGGAGGGAUUUGGAUCAUAUGACCUCGCUGGAAGGGAGCAGCAUGGCGGUGUUGCAUAUGGGGCUGCACAACAAACUCUGGCAAUACUGUACCUGUACUUACCCGUGCUCCAAAUAACCCCGAGACCUCGGGCUACCCCGCUCCGGACCGGCUACCAGAGCGCUACAGCACAGCAACAUGGAGGACCAGCCCAAACUACAGUUCCCGUCUCUGCCGGACUACAAAGCAGAAACAGUGGACUGGGCAUAUCCUAUGAGGAGGGAAAUGCAGGAAAUAUUACCUGGCCUGUUUCUUGGUCCUUAUUCUGCAGCCAUGAAAAGCAAGCUACCGGUCCUUGAAAAGCAGGGAAUAACUCACAUAGUCUGCGUCCGGCAAGACAUCGAAGCUAAUUUCAUCAAGCCAAACUUCCCACAGAAAUUUCGAUAUUUGGUCUUUGAUAUUGCAGAUAACCCUGUGGAGAACAUCAUUAGGUAUUUCCCAAGGAUGAAAGAGUUUGUUGACGGAUGUUUACAGAAUGGAGGAAAGGUGCUUGUUCAUGGAAACGCAGGGAUUUCUAGAAGUGCUGCCUUAGUAAUUGCUUACCUUAUGGAAACGUUUGGUGUAAAGUACAGGGAUGCCUUCAGCCACGUUCAGGAGAGGAGGUUCUGCAUUAACCCCAACGUGGGAUUCGUGCACCAGCUACAGGAGUACGAGGCCAUCUACCUGGCUAGGCUCACCAUCCAGAUUAUGUCACCGCUGCAGCUGGGUCGCUCCUUCUCUGUGCAGGCAGGCACGGCAGGCAGUCGGAAGCGCUCUCUCGAGGAGGAUGAUGAUUUCGGUGGAAUGCAGGUGGCGGCUGCGCAGAAUGGAUAGACAAGGAGGAGGAGAGCCACCUGGCUUCACCACAUUGACUUAUUUUUUUACAUUUUUAUUGAUAUUUAAAAAAAGAACAUUACUUAAACAAAAAUAAUAAUUCUAAAGACAAAAAGGUGUUUUCAAUUUUCUGUUUUGUAGCGUCUCCCAACGCUGCAGCUGCCUAUAGAAAUGAGUGGUGGGAAGAACGGGAGAAGAUUUUUUUUUUCUUUUGAGAACUGACUGCACUGAACUUUUUUUUUAGCGGUUUCAUAGUAUUUAAUGCAUUUUCAUUAACCGCGGGGCGAUAUUGCAAUAAUGCACUUAAGAUACUUGAAUUGCUACUAUUUUUUUUUUUGGGGGGGGGGGGGGG